AUGGCUCCCACCGCUGCCAACCCCAAGGACUGCCCCGAGUAUGAUCCCAAAAACAUGAUCUUCCGCCGGCUCGGCCCCUCGGGUCUGCGUGUCUCGCUCUUCUCGCUCGGUGGCUGGCUCACAUACGGCGGCACUGUCAACAGCGACGAAACUAAAGAGAUCGUCAAGCUCGCCUUUGAACACGGCAUCAACACCUUCGACACCGCCGAGGUUUACUCUGCCGGUCAGUGCGAGGUCGACAUGGGCAAAGCCAUCCGUGACCUCAACCUGCGCCGCUCGGACCUCGUGCUUAUCAGCAAGAUCUUCUUUGGUGUUGGUAGCAAAGAUCCCAACGGUCGCGGAUUGAGCCGCAAGCACAUCAUCGAGGCGGCCAACGCCAGUCUGGAGCGUUCCGGCUUGUCAUACUGGGAUGUGCUGAUGGCGCAUCGCCCGGAUCCUACCGUGCCCAUGGAGGAGAUCGUGCGCGGAUUCAACCGCCUCAUCGAGAGCGACAAGUGCUUCUACUGGGGUACGUCGGAGUGGUCCGCCCAGCAGAUCGAGGAGGCUCACGCUGUGGCCAACCGUCUCAACCUGAUCCCGCCCAUCGCCGACCAGUGCCAGUACAACAUGUUCCACCGCGAGCGUCCCGAGAAGGAGUACGACCCCUUGUACAAGGUCCACAACUUCGGCACCACCAUUUGGAGUCCUCUCGCCAGCGGCCUUCUCACGGGCAAGUACAACGACGGCGUGCCCUCCGGCUCGCGCUUCGACACCAACAAGAGCUUUUUUGACAACACGGUCAAAGAGCUCCAGACGCCCGAGGGCAAGGCAAAGAUUGAGAAGGUCAAGAAGCUCACGCAGAUCGCCGAGGGUCUGGGAGCCAAAGUGACCAACCUGGCUCUGGCGUGGUGCGCCAAGAACCCUAACGUCUCGACGGUCAUCUUGGGAGCCUCCAAGCCGGAGCAAAUUGUCGAGAACCUCAAGUCGCUCGAUCUGAUCGAGAAGCUGACGCCCGAGAUCAUGGCGCAGAUCGACGAGGUGCUGGGCAACAAACCCGCCCUCCCUCCUCUGUAUGGAAGGGGUCGAUCAUCGUUUGCACCCAAUCGUGCAUCUGGCAGGAGCAAGCUAUGA